CUUCUGGGAUAGUUGAAUCUUCAUUAAAUUCAAUAAAUAUCUUCCUGUUUAGGCUGCAGCAGACAUACAGCCUAAACAGCCUACACUAUAAAAGUUAAGGUCUAAACUGCAGAAAUGUCACUGUCCUCAGAGCACAUUAGCCUCUGCAUGUGUUAUAUGUUGGUUGUUGCACCUUCAAACGAGCAGCUGAGGGUUGAGACCUGCUUUCAGGGUUCAGAAUCAGGUUUAAUUUAUAGGGUUCAGGUCCAGCGGGCCAAUAAAUACCCCCUGACACAAUGUACACAAUACAUCUAUACGUGUCAUCAACUGACAUCCUUUAUAUCUAAUUCACAUAUUACAUAUCACAUAGAUCAUCCUGUUUUAGGGAAACACACUUCAAUAAGUAAAUAAACAACUAAGAAAAUACACCUUUACAGUGUGAUAGCCCCACCUGGUGUUGACCUCUUAGACUGCAGGUGUCUGGUCUUGAUUCUGUCUCCUUCAAAACAAGGCUGGGGACUCAUUGAGUAACAUUAUGCAGCUGUAGAAAAAGUAAACUUCCAUUGUACUGCUGAAGACUUGACAUGGAAAAGAAACACACUUUUUCAUCAGCUCGUUUGAGUUUCGCUACCAACACAGAUGCUAAUCUGACUCCCCAUCGACAUUGUUAACACGCAGACGGAUUUAUUUAUUUAUUUUAUUAUUAUUUAUAUUUUUUCUUUAUUUAUCUAGAUGUUCAGGCUCAUCUGCAGCAUGAGCUGAUCUGAAGCUGUAGCAACGGUUGUGAGGAAGGAAAUGCAUCCGUGUCUUAAAGCUCUGGAGAUACAUUUAAAGAUAUUUGCCUACUCAGAACUCUAUGCAGAACAUUUGCACUGAUGUGUAUAGAAAUAGUUCAGCUUGGACUGGACAGAGAACUAAUGCUCUAAUUACUGCUGUAUAGUGUUUUAAUAAUGGGUCUACGUGAUGUGCGUGGUAUCAGUAGCAGACUUCGAGCCCUAAACCUAAAUCCUGGACCAGCAGUAGGAUGGCGCCCUGGACAUCACUGUCACCCUAAACACUGUAUCAUUACAAAUUCUCUGGUUGAAUUCUCCACCUUCUACGAUAUAUACAGUAACCACAGAAAUGACUGCAUGUACAUUAGAAUGAACCAAACAAGGCAGCAAACACUGGACUCUUCAUAUACAUGUGUAUAUGAUCUUUUUUAUUAUAGCCAAAUGCUACUCUGCUUUAUCCAAAUCAAUCAUCAGGAAGGAAGAGUUUCUCUGAUGCUACAAUAGAUCUGCACACUUCCCUUUCACUGCUCUGUCAUCUGCCCUCGCGUCGCUGUAAGACUGGAGAAUUAAAGUUUUGCUGCUAUUACGAAUGAUUUUGUGCCAUUAAAAAAGCAGAUGAUGCCAAUCAAUCUAUUUUCUGAAUAGGAUUUGAGAGACUACAACAGCUGCGAUGUUUGUCAAAGCCUUAUACGUGUUUCUGGGUUUCCUCAUUUACUUCCUAGCUGGUAAUGGGGAAUAUGGACAUGCAUUAAGCAUCUGUGCUUUGAGAGGCUCAUCGGUGGAUCUGCCGUGUCCAGAUAGAAAUCACAAUUCAAGCAUGAAAUGGUACAGUGUUAAUACGGACAACGUCGAGGAAGUCCCGAAUGACUUCUCUGCAGACGGAUACAAUGCAACAUAUAAAAUAACCCGGGAGAAAAACUUCAUAUUAACAAUUAACACCAGUCUGACUGAGAGUGAUGUCAAAUCUUACUGCUGCACUGAGGAAACUAGCAACAAAGACUCCUGCCGCUCCAUAACAAAACAAAUAAUUCAGCUCCAUCUUGCAGACCUGCAGGUAAAAGUCAUUCCUGCCACAGAGGGACAGACAGUUACUCUGAUGUGCAGCUCCAGCUGUCGUCUGACUGAGACGCCUCUCAGCUACGUCUGGUACAGGAACGGAGAGCUCCUCUAUGAGGACUGGUCUAAGUGGUACCAGGAGCUGGUCAGCGGCGACGGAACCGCCGCCUACUCCUGCGCUGUCAAAGGCUACGAGGACCUCAGAGCCCCGGAGGUCUCUGUGGACUCUGUCACAUCAGCCUGCUUCACGGUGACCUACGCUAAAGGGAGGAUGUGUUCCCAUCACAACAAAUCCGAGGAUGAGCCCUGCUCCAUCACGUAUCCCAGAGAACUAAAUGUUAACAUAAUGAAAAAGCGUUUCUACAGCACACUGACCUGCAGCAGCAGCUGUCCUAUGUCCGACCAUCAAUCUGCCUAUAGGUGGUACUGGAACAAACGGCUGGACAAAAGCUUUGAGUGCCAAGAGAUGGUUAUCAAGAUGCAUCAAGUUGUUGUUAUCGCCUGUGCUGUAAAAGGUCAUGAAGAUCUACUCUCGGAUGACGUCUGCAGUGAUGAGGCAGUGUUAUGUCCGAGGGUGAAUUAUGCCAGCAGGAGAAUCUGUGCCUUGGAGGGUUCGUCAGUGGACAUUUCGUGUGAAUACUUUACCUCUCCACAUAGCUCCCAUUCCCGUAGGUGGUUUAAAACCAGUGGAAGUGGUGAGGUUGCCGUGGAGGAAAAUUACAGGAUAAAGUAUGAGAAGACGCAAGGUCACGACACGCUGAGAAUAAAUGAUGUGAAGAAGAAUGACUCAGCAGAAUACUCGUUCACUCUACAUUAUGAUUUACCCAGAGUGCUUUUAGUUGUUACAGGUCUGAAAGUGACGAUGACUCCCUCAGCGUUGGUGACAGAGGGUCAGCGGGUCACACUGACAUGCACGACCAGCUGUCCUCUGAGAAAUGACUUGGUCUUCAUCUGGUACAUGAACGGCCGACCUCUGACCCUGCCAGAAAACCGCAACAAGCACCUGAUUUUGGACCCCAUCAGCUUAGGACAUGCGGGCAACUACACCUGUGUUGUCAUAUCCUCCAAAAACAACGUUAGCUCAGCUGAGGAGAGUCUCGCUGUUAAUGCUCGAGACAAAUCAGCACUGAUAAUCAAUUCAGCCAAACUGGCUGUGCUCGGUCUGAUGCUCACUGCUGCAUUUGUCCUCUACAUGUGGAGGACGAAGCAGAAUCAAGCUUCUACCAACAGGACAAAGGACAAUGUGCAAACCAGUCAGAUGGACUCAUUGUAUGAGAGCAUCGCGCUCAAGCCCAUGAAUCCUACAGGGCAGACAGAACAGGAGCUCCAGGAGGACCCCAAACGAGGAUAAAAAAAACUCUUCACAAAUUGUUCUAAUGGGAAAGUGGAGAAGUUCCCCUCUGAUGGACAGAAGCACAAUAAGAUGCAGAACCAAGCAAUCAUAUGCACAGAACAGGAGGAUUUAGGCUGAGGUUUCUUCCACUGUAGAUUGAAACGUUUAACCACCCUUCCAUGUAGCUUCAUCAAUCUGAGAAAUGUUGGCUGUGGACCACUUAUUUAUCCUCAAGGUUGGUUUCACUUCACACGUAUGAAGAGUAGAUGGAUAAAGGGUCUCUUCUUUACAGGUGUGGAUUAAGAACUAACUCAGCUGGAUGACAGACAAUCCUCACAGACGUUUUUCAUGAAAAACAAUUCUAGGUCUAUUGUUUAUAAUCCAUUGAGUGAAACAGAUGUUAAAUUUUUUUAGAUAACUUACAAUUUAUUGAUUUACUACAAUGUAUGGUUUGCUUUAUGUGGGACUUGCUGGGUUUUAGUUGUGUAAUGUCUUAAACCUUACCUUGUAAAGUGCCUUGAUAUUUUUUGUGAAUUGUGAAUAAAUAAAAUUGUAAAUAGAAUAAAUGGAAUUGGC